CCCGCCCCGUGAGUCGACGCGUGGCGACGGCGAUGGGGCCUGGCGGCUGCGUGGCGCGGCGAUUUGGGACGCUGCUGUGGCGCAGGGUCCUUUCCCCGGGCGCGGGCUUCGCGGCGAGCGAGGGGCCCCGGGUUCGGCUGCUGGUCGCCGGGCGGCUUCCAGCGGGACCAGCGCUCGGCCGGGCCUGCUUGACUCCGGAUCAUGCGCGCGGCCUGCACGGCGGGCCCGGCCUAGAGGAGCGGGAGGAGGGGGCAGCCGACGAGGGACGCCCGGAAUCAGGCACCGCAGGUCAUACUGGUCCCAAGUUUGACAUCGAUAUGCUGGUUUCAAUUCUGAGGCAAGAAAAUGCAAGAGACAUUUGUGUGGUCAAGGUUCCUCCAGAGAUGAAAUAUACAGAUUACUUUGUGAUCGGUAGUGGAACCUCUGCCCGGCACUUACAUGCCAUGGCCUACUACAUUGUGAAAACGUACAAAUUUCUAAAACAUAAAAGUGAGCCUCAAGUUAAGAUCGAAGGAAAGGACACUGAUGACUGGCUCUGCGUGGACUUUGGCAGCAUGGUGAUUCAUUUGAUGCUUCCUGAAACCAGAGAAACAUAUGAACUAGAGAAGUUAUGGACCCUACGUUCUUAUGAUGACCAGUUAGCUCAGAUGGCACCUGAGACAUUACCUGAAGACUUCAUUCUUGGCAUAGAAGAUGACACUUCAUCCCUGACUUCAGUGGAGUUCAAAUGUUAAUAAAUGAUACUGUUUUAGUCAUUUCAGAUUGGGAUGAGUCACUUCUCAAAAAUAUAGCUCCUAAACCCCACCCAGUUGGGUAAGUUGUUGUCAAAGCAAGUCUUAUUAAUUAUGGGCACUCUGCUAACUGAAAUCUGGUUGUGGAGACUGUAGGUAAAUGAGCAUCAACUAAAA